CUAAUGCACAUUGUUUCAGGUACCAAUGUCAAGAUAGCUGCCAUUCCUUCAAGCGUCGUGGUUCUGACUUCAGAGACCUUUGACUCAAUUGUCCUUGAUGAAACCAAAGAUGUCCUUGUUGAAUUUUAUGCCCCAUGGUGUGGUCACUGCAAGCAUCUUGCUCCGAUUUAUGAGAAGCUGGCUUCAGUUUUCAAGCAGGACGACGGUGUUGUGAUUGCCAAUCUUGAUGCUGACAAGCACACUGACUUGGCUGAAAAGUAUGCAUUCUGACUUGUCUAUUUCAGUGGUUGUUAUGCACAUUAGCU